GGAAAGCCUCCACUGAGACACUAGAGGCCGCUCUUGAGGUGAGAAGAGGCUGCAGCCAGCAGCAGAGCCAGAGCAGCUCAGUGGCUUCCUCGUUUGACAGCAGGGCUUGUUCUUGCUUUACAGCUCCAAAACAACAAGGAUGAAGAUUUGAAGGGACGAUGCGGCACCUAGAGAUAACCGAGGAGAGGUUUAGUUAGCUGAAAGCCCGUCAGAUUCACCUCUAUCUCCCGGUCUGUGUGUGUGAGCUGCUAAACCAACACCAGGCAACUCGAGUACAUCGACUAAACUGCAGAUGAAUGUCUUCAGUGCAUUUGUUGUUGUUAGCUGCUAAUGCUAACCACAGAAGAAGUUGCGAGCUAGCUAGCUGGCCUAGCUAAGCUACUGGUUAAAGAAGCGAGGAGGAGAAGAUAACAUAUGUUUGAUUGACUUAAACUGGGCUCUGUGUAGCUGAUGGAGCCAGCUAACAUUAGCUUCAGUAGUCAAACAACUGCAGCUUUGGUUAAGCUUGUAAAGUAGUAACUAGUAGUUACCAGAGGUUAGUUAGCUUAGCCAGUUAGCCACCACUACUGCUGGAAGAAUGAGUAGGAAACAGCAUCACUAUAAAGGAGCAGAGGUCAGCUGCUGCGUCAAAUACUUCUUAUUUGGAUUCAACAUUUUAUUCUGGUUACUAGGAGCCGCAUUCUUGGGCAUAGGCCUGUGGGCAUGGGCGGAGAAGGGCGUGCUGGCCAAUCUGUCAUCCAUCACAGACCUAGGGGGCUUCGACCCCGUGUGGCUCUUCAUCGUCGUAGGAGGGGUCAUGUUCAUCCUGGGCUUCGCUGGCUGUAUCGGAGCGCUCAGAGAGAACACUACCCUGCUUAAAUUUUUUUCUGUGUUCCUGGGUUUGAUCUUCUUCCUGGAGCUGACUGCGGGGAUCCUUGCCUUCGUCUUUAAAGACUGGAUCAAAGACCAGCUCAACUUUUUCAUCAACAAUAAUGUCAAGGCCUACCGCGAUGACAUCGACUUGCAGAAUCUCAUUGACUUUGCCCAGGAAUAUUGGUCAUGCUGUGGAGCCCACGGGGCAGACGACUGGAACCUGAACAUCUACUUCAACUGCACUGACAUGAACCCCAGUAGGGAGCGCUGUGGAGUCCCCUUCUCCUGCUGUGUCAAAGACCCUGCAGAGGAUGUCAUCAACACGCAGUGUGGUUAUGAUGUUCGGCUUCAAGGGGACCUGGACCGUCAGAAAUAUAUCUACACCAAGGGCUGCGUGGUUCAGUUUGAGAAGUGGCUUCAGGACAACCUGAUUAUUGUAGCUGGAAUCUUUGUUGGUAUUGCACUUUUACAGAUUUUUGGUAUCUGCCUUGCUCAAAACCUGGUGAGUGACGUCAAAGCAGUCAAAGCCAACUGGUGACAGGAGAGGUGAAGCGAGGGAGCCCCACCCCGUCGGCCCAGCCAGGUCAACACAGCACACUAAAGAGUCCCGUCCAGCUGAGGACGGAGAGCCGAGAACCUUCAACUCUGUCUACUCUCUUCCGUUGAGCUAAGCAGCAGCACAUACGCACUCUCACACUUGUAUACGUGCAGACACAAAGAGUUUACUGCCCUGUUUAUCAGUGACACUUGAAUGGGGAGAAUGAAUAUCCCACACAAACCAAACAGUCAACUCCAUGUUUACCACUCAGCUGGGAUUUUAACCCAAAUAUACAGAGGACAGUCCUGCCUACUUUAGAGUUAGAUAAUUUUUUUCAGUUUCCUCUUAAUUUGUUUUUUGGACAAGUGUAUUUAUCGGGCGCAGUUGCACAAGGACUCCUGUCAACUGGGAGAUUGGAAGCCAUGGAUGAAACAAAAAAAAAACAAAGGAAAAGGGACAAUAAGUCUCCUUUUUUUUUAGGGCAAGCAUUACAUUGUCCUCUGUCCACUCUGCAAGGGGUUGAACAUCUCCUCCUACAAACAGCCUGUUUUUAACGUCCUCGUCCCCACUUCCUGCUGUAGGGAAUCGUGGGUGGCUGGAUGGUCGGCCAACAAACACAUGGAAUCCUCUGCGCAUCAUUUUUUUUUCUCCAUUGUGACCUUUUAUGACCACUGAAAAGACUCUGAACACUGGUUGGUCAAGUCUGCAACUUCAAAUAAUUUCAAGAGAUUUUAAUUCUAUCUCAAAAUGUAUAAAAGAAAAAAAAAAGUGCCAUUAAUUUCCAGUGAUAUUUUCUGUCUCCUUCUUGUUCCUUACAUGGAAUUUCUGCACCCCGCCCCACAAUACCUCAGGGCCUGGCCGAAAAUACAUGCUUUUCUGCCACCAGUUAAAAGCAUAUCUAUUUUUUUCCAUCCAUGUCUGUUGAAUUUAGAUAAACUAACUUGAUGCAGAAAACACUGACAGUUCCUCGAAAGUCACCCUGUUUGCCCUGCAGUGAUUGUAUUAUCUGUUGAUUUACUGAAGGAUGUUCUAUUGUAUUACAUGGAACGGCCUGGUGUGGUUAGGAUCGUAGGGCUAUGCUAUACAGGGAAAAGGGUUUAAUGAUAGUUGAGAUUGUUGUUUAUCUCUGAGCAUCCCUCAGGCACAUGGGAUUGCUGGUUUGGGGCCUUUUUUUACUUGACUUAUGUUACCACAUUUGUCUUAUAUUGUUGUCCUCUGCAUAUUGAAAUAAGAAUAUUUGUGUGUUUUAAAGAUGUCCUUUAUUCAUCCUUUUUAUUUCCUAUCCUUUCAUAGACACAGAUUUUUUUUAUUCUGGGUUCAUUGUUUGACUUCAGCAGGCACCUGUUUUACCUCUGCGAAAUAGCUUCUUACUGUUGAUGUUGUUAGCAGUACUAAUGGAGACCAAAUGAUAUCAGCUGGCCACAAGCUAACUGCCAAGGUUUUUGUCUGGCUUACAAUUGUGAUUUUAUUAGGAAUGCCAAGGAUAACAAAUAGCAUUUCUAGAUAGCCAAAAUGUGAAUUUAUUGUCCCUUUUAUGUGGGAAGUGCCAGUUGGAAUGAGAAGUCAAACUACAAUUAAAAAUGUUACAGUA